AUGGAGCCAGGAGACCGGGCCAGCUCUGAUUCGGAUCAAACGAUUGAGGCGACUGAAGAUAGCUCUGACAGCCAUGAUGUGCAAACGUUUCUUGAUACACCUGGAGCCAUCGAGGGGGCUCAUGGAACGUUAGGAGAAGCCACAAGACCUGGACGAGAUCAGAGCAUCGCACCCGUACCUGAUAGACCCGUCGAUCCCGACGCGGACUCGAUCGAGGAGGAGGUCGUCGAGCAUCAGACGAUAAGCAUGGGAUCGCGGCUUGCGAGACUUAGACCGGUGAUAUUCAUCAUAUGCAUAUUCGCGCUAGGAGUCAAUCAUUUGAGGUGCUCGCCACAAGCCAUUCUGACGAGAGGUCUACCUGAAGCAAGAGCAGUUCACCAAAACACCGCUUAUCUCGACGUUUACGAUGGCGAUCUGAGCAGGGUCUUCGAAGAAUUCCUCCGACAUGAAAUGACUGUCAGCCUGUACUACGCACCAUGGGAUGCCAAGAGCUUGAAAUCCCUCAAGAUUCUCGACGAGCUAGCGAAAGGAAUUUCCGACGUCCGAUUCAUUGCUAUCAGCUGUUGGCAAAAUCCAUCAUGUACCAAAUACUACGAGUUCAAAUUCUAUCCGUCUGCCAGUGUCUACGUGCGUGGGCUUGGCAGCAUUCAGUACCCGAUGGGGUCGAUAUCGAAAGAGUACUUGGCGACUUUCAUCUACAACAUCAUAAACCCUAUAAGUGUGAUCAGUGAAGCCAGUCAGUGGUCUCAAAUGAGAGCCAAGCACUUCGCUGUCGUCACUGCUCCCAUGGAACACUUCCAAUUCGCAUAUACGCUGGCACUCGAAGCGUUGAGGCGAGAUCCUCAGCAGCGAGUUGGCUUUGCGAUCUUGAGAGAUUCUCGCCUCGCACCCGCCAUCCGCCUGCACCUGAGCAACGAAACGCUCGAAUACACCGAGGAAGCGAAUCCCACAGUCGGAGCUGUUGCCAAGUGGAUUUACUCGAAAGCGACGGAACCUUACACCGUUUUGGGCAAUCCGGGAUUCAAAAGUGCAAGAUUCCGUCAGGCAAUCAACGGGACUCGGGCGUUCGCCGUCAUCAAAUCUCCGCCCUCGACGAGGCUGAACGUGCAACUGCACUUGAUGUCCGCAGCGCUAUUCGGUUGUCAAGACUCCCCUUCGAACCAUACGAGGGAUAUGCUUAUCUCUCUGAUCAUGAGACUGCAAGCUGAAUCGUCCGCCUGUAAGAAGAAUUCGAGCCCAAUCGAAUGCGUUUCGAACGGAAACCACUGCCUCAAGCUCAUGGCGAGUGUAUCUUAUCGCAAGCAUUGGGCUGGCCACAUCACGCAAUAUUGUCGCGAGAGCGAGCAGGAAUUGUUGAAACGGAGCGAACGACAGAAGUUCUGUUUGACUCAGUGGGCGCUCCCUGAGAAAGAAGCUUUCACUACCGAUUUCCAGCUAUAUGGUCUCGCAUGCGGCCGCGAGGACCGAUUCCGAAUUAUAGUGCUCGAUGCAGCUCUCUUCGAGAGCAUGUAUCCCGCGGAAGCUCCGGUCGUCAUCUUCGACACGGUGGAAGAAGUCAAGUAUCUACUGCCCGAGGAUCAAUUCUCAGCUCGAGGCAUCGAGAUCUUCCUCCGAAAGUUUCUGACGAAGUCCAAUGAGAUAUUGAAGAGGUCCACCAGCUUAGUCCGCACUGAUCUGUUCCAUUCGAAAGCCGAGGACUUCGUUCCCCCGAACCGAACGCCAGGCAGUGCCAUACACGAUACCGUCGUUCUGUUCUAUACGAACUGGUGUGGCUUCUGCAAAAGUUUCACGGCUGCGUACUUCAGAGUUGCUAAUUUCUUCGGGACGGCCCCCAUAUCCUUCCGUCGCGUCGACGCCGAAGGAAGCCGUUUCGAAGACAUUAAGUACGCACCGGAUAGUUAUCCUCAGGUUGUGUUCUUCCCAAGAAACAGUUCCGACAGCUUCCGGUAUCGAGGUCCCUGGAAAGCUCAAGGACUCACCCGGUUCAUUUUCGAGCACUGCAAUGAGGAUGUUCUACAGUCGUUCUGACGAUACUUAG